UGCAUACGAUAGACAUUCUCCUAUACCUAUAAAAUCAAAGGACCCGCACUCUCCUUAAAUAACCGUCAUUCACCCACAGCAAGUUCCACCCAUCCGGGGACCGCCUUCCUCCAUUCACCCAAAACUGUGUUGGCUCCCCGUCGUCAUCAGUCAAUCUCUGAUUCCAUAGGUUUUGAUCCUAUAUCUCUGCUUUAAUCGCUUUUUGGGUACUAUAUCUUGAUCUUUUUGUUUUCCUUCGAAUAUUUUGGUGGACAUCUUGUGGGUUGGAGCUGUUUAACUCGAUAGACAUGGCUCGGCUAGACCCCCACAGUUCAACGUUUGAACGGAGUUAUCGCUGUUACCCUGUCUCUUUCAUUGAUAAGACACAUGUGGAAAAGGGCGAUAAAAUUAUUAUGCCUCCCUCAGCUCUUGAUCACCUUGCUUCUUUGCACAUUGACUACCCAAUGCUUUUUGAACUCCGAAAUCCAUCUGUUGAGCGAGUUACACAUUGUGGGGUUCUAGAAUUUAUUGCUGAUGAGGGAAUCAUAUUCUUGCCCUAUUGGAUGAUGGAAAACAUGCUCCUGCAAGAGGGAGACAUUGUGCAAUUAAAAAAUGCCAGCCUCACAAAGGGAACUUAUGUAAAGCUGCAGCCCCACACUAAGGACUUCUUAGAUAUCUCCAACCCCAAAGCAAUCUUAGAGACUUCAUUGAGGAACUACUCUUGUUUAACAACUGGUGAUACAAUAAUGGUUGCUUAUAACAACAAGAAGUACUACAUUGACAUAGUUGAAACAAAACCAUGCUCUGCAAUCAGUAUUAUUGAAACAGACUGUGAGGUAGAUUUUGCUCCGCCUCUUGACUAUAAAGAACCUGAAAAGCCAGCUCCAUCUCCUAGGUCAAAUAAGACACCACCUGAAGUUGAAGAAGAGCCAGCCAAAAAGAUGCCAAAGUUCAGUCCAUUCACUGGAGUAGCAAGACGUUUGGAUGGAAAACUAUCAGCACUAGCAACUGCAUCAGCUAACAAUCUGAAACAGAACCCUCAAGAGGUUGGGAAAGAUAGUAGUAGCUCCAAGCCAUCAAACUCUGCAUCUUGUUCACACUCUGGGAAGCUCGUCUUUGGUUCAAAUGUAAACCAACCCCGAAGUGGAACACCAAAGAAUGCCCCAAAUAAGAGCAGUCAAGAGGCACCUCAGAAGGUUGAAGAACCUAAAUUUCAAGCAUUCACAGGGAAAAAGUAUUCUUUGAAAGAAUGAAAUUUAUUGAAGUUCUCUGCCAUUCGUCCAUUUUUUUUGCGAUAGAGGCUAGUUCAACUCAUUAUGAUGAUUUUGUGGAGGCCAGAGGGGUCUCCGUGCUUUUUAUUGCAAAGUAAUUAUGUUUUUAAAAAACAAGUAUGGUGAUAGAAACGUCAAAGUUACUUCAGAAGAGCAUAUGCUACUUUUCUUCUGUUUAGUA